GAGCCUAGGUGGGCGGGGCGGGAGGCGGAAGGGCCGCGGUGCGCAGCCGCGUCAACGGCCCUUCGCAGCGGGCGCGCUGUCAGACCUCAGUCUGGCGGCUUCGUUGCUGGGCGCGCCGCACUUGGCUGAUUCCUGCUGGGAUCGCUUGCCCGGGCAGGAUCCUUUACGAUCCCUUCUCGGUUUCUCCGUUGUCACAGGGAAUAAAUCUCGCUCGAAACUCACUGGACCGCUCCCAGAAAGGCGAAAAGAUAUUCAAGAGCCCUUCCAUUUUCCUUCCAGUGGGCACCGAACCUAGCAUUUUCGGCAACCGCUGCUGGCAGUUUUGCCAGGUGUUUGUUACCUUGAAAAAUGGCUACUGGACAGGAUCGAGUGGUUGCUCUCGUGGACAUGGACUGUUUUUUUGUUCAAGUGGAGCAGCGGCAAAAUCCUCAUUUGAGGAAUAAACCUUGUGCAGUUGUACAGUACAAAUCAUGGAAGGGUGGCGGAAUAAUUGCAGUGAGUUAUGAAGCUCGUGCAUUUGGGGUCACUAGAAGUAUGUGGGCAGAUGAUGCUAAGAAGUUAUGUCCAGAUCUUCUACUGGCACAAGUUCGUGAGUCCCGUGGGAAAGCUAACCUCACCAAGUACCGGGAAGCCAGUGUUGAAGUGAUGGAGAUAAUGUCUCGUUUUGCUGUGAUUGAACGUGCCAGCAUUGAUGAGGCUUAUGUAGAUCUGACCAGUGCUGUACAAGAGAGACUACAAAAGCUACAAGGUCAGCCUAUCUCAGCAGACUUGUUGCCAAGCACUUACAUUGAAGGGUUGCCCCAGGGCCCUACAACGGCAGAAGAGACUGUUCAGAAAGAGGGGAUGCGAAAACAAGGCUUAUUUCAAUGGCUCAAUUCUCUUCAGAUUGAUAACCUCACCUCUCCAGACCUGCAGCUCACCGUGGGAGCAGUGAUUGUGGAGGAAAUGAGAGCAGCCAUAGAGAGGGAGACUGGUUUUCAGUGUUCAGCUGGAAUUUCACACAAUAAGGUCCUGGCAAAACUGGCCUGUGGACUAAACAAGCCCAACCGCCAAACCCUGGUUUCACAUGGGUCAGUCCCACAGCUCUUCAGCCAAAUGCCCAUUCGCAAAAUCCGUAGUCUUGGAGGAAAGCUAGGGGCCUCUGUCAUUGAGAUCCUAGGGAUAGAAUACAUGGGUGAACUGACCCAGUUCACUGAAUCCCAGCUCCAGAGUCAUUUUGGGGAGAAGAAUGGGUCUUGGCUGUAUGCCAUGUGCCGAGGGAUUGAACAUGAUCCAGUUAAACCCAGGCAACUACCCAAAACCAUUGGCUGUAGUAAGAACUUCCCAGGAAAAACUGCUCUUGCUACUCGGGAACAGGUACAAUGGUGGCUGUUGCAGUUAGCCCAGGAACUAGAGGAGAGACUGACUAAAGACCGAAAUGAUAAUGACAGGGUAGCCACCCAGCUGGUUGUGAGCAUUCGUGUACAAGGAGACAAACGCCUCAGCAGCCUGCGCCGCUGCUGUGCCCUUACCCGCUAUGAUGCUCACAAGAUGAGCCAUGAUGCAUUUACUGUCAUCAAGAACUGUAAUACUUCUGGAAUCCAGACAGAAUGGUCUCCUCCUCUCACAAUGCUUUUCCUCUGUGCUACAAAAUUUUCUGCCUCUGCCCCUUCAUCUUGUACAGACAUCACCAGCUUCUUGAGCAGUGACCCAAGUUCUCUGCCAAAGGUGCCAGUUACCAGCUUAGAAGCUAAGACCCAGGGAAGUGGCCCAGCGGUGACAGCCACUAAGAAAGCAACCACGUCUCUGGAAUCAUUCUUCCAAAAAGCUGCAGAAAGGCAGAAAGUUAAAGAAGCUUCACUUUCAUCUCUUACUGCUCCCACUCAGGCUCCCAUGAGCAAUUCACCAUCCAAGCCCUCAUUACCUUUUCAAACCAGUCACACAGGAACUGAGCCCUUCUUUAAGCAGAAAAGUCUGCUUCUAAAGCAGAAACAGCUUAAUAAUUCUUCAGUUUCUUUCCCCCCACAAAACCCAUGGUCCAACUGUAAGGCAUUACCGAACUCUUUACCAACAGAGUAUCCAGGGUGUGUCCCUGUUUGUGAAGGGGUGUUGAAGCUAGAAGAAUCUUCUAAAGCAACUCCUGCAGAGAUGGAUUUGGCCCACAACAGCCAAAGCAUGCAUGCCUCUUCAGCUUCCAAAUCUGCGCUGGAGGUGACUCAGAAAGCAACCCCAACUCCAAGUCUUCUAGCUGCUGAGGACCAAGUGCCCUGUGAGAAGUGUGGCUCCCUGGUACCGGUAUGGGAUAUGCCAGAACACAUGGACUAUCAUUUUGCACUGAAGUUGCAGAAAUCCUUUUUGCAGCCCCACUCUUCAAACCCCCAGGUUGUUUCUGCCAUAUCUCAUCAAGGCAAAAGAAAUCCCAAGAGCUCUUUGGCCUGCACUAAUAAACGCCCCAGGCCUGAGGGCAUGCAAACAUUGGAAUCAUUUUUUAAGCCAUUAACACAUUAGUGCUGCCCUGAGGCUUGCCUGUAGGAUUUAAUAUUUUUUAUCUUUACAGAUCUUUAUCUUUAAUAUUUUAUCUUUACAGAUUUCCCUGAGAAAGGGAAUUAUGAAAUUUUUAAUACAAAAAAUAAUCCAUUUAGGUGCUGAGUUACAGUUCCAUCUCUUCACAGGCAUGGAUUCUAAUCCCACUGCUGACAGAGAUGUAAAAAUUCAUCCUACCACUGAGUUUUUAAUCUUUAGCAUUUAGGGAGGCAAUGUCAUAAAGUAAAAAGUGUGUGGGCCUUGGAGUCUAAGAGACCUGGUUGCAAACUUAGCUCUGCUUAUUGCAAUGAGGGCCUUGAACAAGUCAUUUUCUUCACUUUCUUAUCUGUAAAAUGGAGAUAAUACCUUACAGAUUAUUGCAGAUUAAUAACAAUGUAUUCAAAUUAUGUAACUUGGCUGGGUACAAUGGCUCACGCCUGUAAUCCCAAUACUUUGGGAGGCCGAGGCAGACAGAUCACCUGAGGUCAGGAGUUCGAGACCAGCCUGGCCAACAUGGCAAAACCCUGUCUCUACUAAAAAUAGAAAAAUUAGCCAGGCAUGUUCCGGGCACCUGUGAUCCGAGCUACUUAGAGGCUGAGGCAGAAGAAUUGCUUUAACCGUGGAGGUGGAGGUUGCACCGAGCUGAGAUCAUGCUACUGCGCUCCAGCCUGGGCAACAGCGAGACUUCAUCUCAAAAAAUAAAAAAUAGGCUCAUGCCUGUAAUGCCAGCACUUUGGGAGGCCAAGGCGGGCGGAUCACGAGGUCAGGAGUUUCAGACCAGCCUGACCAAUAUGGUGAAACCCCAUCUCUACUAAAAUUACAAAAAAAUUAGCCAGGCGUGGUAGCGCACGCCUGUAAUCCCAGCUACUCAGGAGGCUGAGGCAGGAGAAUCACUUGAACCUGGGAGGCAGAGGUUGGAGUGAGCUGAGAUCGCGCCACCGCACUCCAGCCUGGACAAUGGAGCAAGACCAUCUCAAACAAAAACAAGAACAAAAACAAACAAAGUUGGCACAGAAAAGGGACCAAGUUUAAAAAAGGAUUUUAAAUGUAAUGAGACUUGCAUAGUUAAAAAAAAAAGGGGGGGGUUUUUUUUUUUUUUGAGAUGGAGUCUCCAUCUGUCGUCAGGCUAGAAUGCAGUGGUGCGGUCUCAGCUCACCACAACCUCCACCUCCCAGGUUCAAGCGAGUCUCCUGCCUCAGCCUCCCAAGUAGCUGGGACUACAGGCGCACACUACCACGCUCAGCUAAUUUUUGUAUUUUUAAUAGAGAUGAGGUUUCACCAUGUUGGCCAGGAUGGUCUCGAUUGCUUGACCUCAUGAUCCGCCCACCUCGACCUCCCAAAGUUGCUGGGAUUACAGAUGUUAGCCACCAACCCUGGCCCCCGAAAAAAAAAGGGAUUUUAAGAAAAACUUCUCUCGGCCGGGCGCGGUGGCUCACGCCUGUAAUCCCAGCACUUUGGGAGGCCGAGGCGGGCGAAUCACGAGGUCAGGAGAUCGAGACCAUCCUGGCUAACAGUGAAACCCUGUCUCUAAAAUAAAAAAAAUCCCAAUGUGUAUCUUAAGGUUUCAGAAGUGCUGAUCUGAAAGAUACUAAUGACCAGGUGUGUAGAGGACAUUUUCUUAAGCCCUUAAGUACAAAUUUAAGAGGUAAGUGCUUCAGCCAUUAGGGUUACUGGCUUGUUCAUCUUUCCCACUGAGUGUAAAUAUUUAGCUUAGGGUUUAAAAUUUGUUAUGUAGCUUUUUGCACUUGUCCAUGUUUAUACUAAUGUAUUUUUUUUUUUUUUUUUGAGAUGGAGUCUCGCUGUGUAGCCAGGCUGGAGUGCAGUGGCGCAAUCUCGGCUCACUGCAACCUCCGCCUCUCAGGUUCAAGCAGUUCUCCUGCCUCAGCUUCCCGAAUAGCUGGGACUACAAGCGCGCACCACCAUGCCCAGAUAAUUUUUGUAUUUUUAGUAGAGACAGGGUUUCACCAUGUUGGCCAGGCUGGUCUCGAUCUCGACCUCGUGAUCCACCUGCUUCGGCCUCCCAAAGUGCUGGGAUUACAGGCAUGAGCCACCACGCCCAGCCCAUAGUACUGUAUUCUUAUUCUCCAUUCUUGUGUGUGAAAAGUCAGCUCUUUUGGCUUUUCUGUUAUGGGGAAACUUGAAUUACACAGGGAACCCAACUGAAGAAGAUGAACUGAAGUAGGUGGCACUGGGUGAAGUGGGCCCAGAGAAUGGUGUACACAUCCCUCCCAUACAUAUACCCAAACUUCUUUUUCAUUUUUUUGUGAUGGAGUUUCCCUCUUGUCACCCAGGCUGGAAUGCAAUGGCACAAUCUCUGCUCACUGCAACCUCCGCCUCCUGGGUUCAAGCGAUUCUCCUGCAUCAGCCUCCUGAGUAGCUGGGAUUACAGGCAUGCACCAUCACGCCUGGCUAAUUUUUGUAUUUUUAGUAGAGACGGGGUUUCGCCGUGUUGGCCAGGCUGGUCUUGAACUCUUGAUCUCAAGUGAUCCACCUGCCUUGGCCUCCCAAAGUGCUGGGAUUACAGGCGUGAGCCACCGGGCCGGCCCCAACUUCUACAUUUUAUCUUAUUUAUAAAUUGAGAGGGGGGGUUCUAUAUUUAGUUUGAAGAGGUGGGGAAGAUUUGAAAACCACUAGAUCUACCGGGAAAUUUUUUUCUUCAAAAAUAUUUUCUGCUUUUAUGAUACUUGAAUAUCUAAUAAAAGACAAUAUUUAGCCAGUCAUGGUGGCUGAUGUCUAAAUCCUAACACUUUGGGAGGCUGAGGUGGGUGGAAUACUGGAGCCCUAGAGUUCAAAACCGGCCUAAGCCACAUGGCAAAACAGUCUUUACAAAAAAUACAAAGAUGGUGGCUUAUGCCUGUAGUCCUACCUACUCAGGAGGCUGAGGUGGGAGGAUCACCUGAAUCUGGGAGUUCGGGGCUGCAAUAAGCCAUGAUUGUGCCACUGCACGCCAGCCUGGGUGACAGUCUGAGACCCUGUUUAAAAAAAAAAAAAAAAAAAGACUACAUUCACUGUAUACAUGGCCUUUUCCCCCUAACUAGAUAUGUAGCUUCUUAAAGGCAAGGAUUCUUCAUAGUGCUUUGCACCUAAUAGGCGCUGAUAUUCAUUGGAUGAAUGUAUAUAGUGAAGAAUUUUAGAUCUGAUUACCAUAAUUGGGAUCAUAAACAUGUAUAAACUCCUUGGGAGUCUGCCUUAUAUACUUUUUAUCCCCCUAAAUGUUCCAUUAAUGUUGCAGAGAGGCUCACUAGUUCCUGGAGAUGUCUUAUUAAGUACUGAAAUGUGAUUUUCCAAAAUUUCCUUUACAAUACAGGCAAAAGAUAAGUAAACUGUGGACAAAGCUUUCAUCUCUAUCAGCAGCUAUAGAGAGGAAGUAAACAGCUUAGCCCCUAAUACAGGAGGAAGUUGUUCUACUACAGGCUUGUUAGUAGCAAGUUAAACCAGUUAUAUUUUAUAAAACUGAGCCUGAGUGGUAGGAAAGCUAUCACUUUAAUACUCUAGAGGCAGAAUGCCGCAUAGGACUUUGGGUCACACAUUUCUUUUCCAGUGUCUCCUCAAAAUGCAGUUUCUAUUUACAGUUGACUUUGGCGCUUAUUUACCCAUAAAAUGUCAAAAUCAAGUAGUAUGAACAUGGAAACAGGAACAGGGACUAAGGUUUGGUCAAGUGGCCCUCAUUGUUCCAAGAGUAAUUUAGGCUAUGUAAACUUGAAAAGUAUAGGACCAGAUUACCUUUUGUCUCUAAAUUCUACUCUUCUUUAAGUAGCUGGCACUGUAUCUCUGCCAGGGCACAGAAGUGGGCUCCUUACUAUUCUGACCACUAGCAAGUGGCCAACUCUUCAAAUACAGGGUAGCUACCUAUUUCACGUGAAAGGCCUCAGUACUCUGCUCACUUGAACUACGGAAAAUAGGCCACAAUACUUGGUUACAAUACUGGAACUCUGAAUCUACGUGAAGGAGAGAAAAACAACGGUGAACAAGAUACCAGCUGGGCUCUUUCCACAUUCAGGGCUCAGCAAUGUUGGGGUUUCACUUGUCUCUAAUCCUGGAGAGGUAUCUAGCCCUGGAAGGAAGCUGAGCCUGUAGCUAACACAUAAGCACAGUGUAUUCAAUAAAACAUUUUUAUUCUGUACAAUA